CAUGCAGUUGUGUUAAAUUAACCUGAUUUCUAAAGCCCAGAAGGCCUAUGACAGGAGGCAGUGAUUUCCUGAGGACACCCCCUUCUCUUUGGGUCUCUUCACCUCUCUAUCAGGGCUGUGGCACAGAGGGCCCGUACUCAAACUGGCGGAUGUGAAGGUACAGUUGACAUCCUCCUGAGGAGGUGAGUCAUCCCUUAGCACCUCUGCCGAAACCCUCAGCAAAGGCAUCAAUAAGUGCAAGUUACGGUAUUUGCAAAUAAUACACUUGGGAAAACUCUCGGAGCACUUGCACAUGAGCCGAGCCACUCUGUAGCUGGAGCAGGUGGUGAGUGGCAGAAAGUCUCCUCUGUAGAGGUGCUUAAAACGGCUUUAGCAUGUAGACUUUAAAAAAAAAAAAAAAAAAGAAAGAAGAAAACAGGUUGUUCCUCCUGGGAGAGGCUGGCACAACUAGCAGGCUGGCAGAUAGACUGCCAAAGUAAUGACAGCGCAAGAAACCUGCCUUCCUUUGCAAAGCUUUUGUAUCACUGACUGUGGGAAAGUUUUGCAAUCGCCAUAAGAAGGAAAUCCAGGAUUUAAAAAAAUGUGGUGGAGUGCUCCACUUCUUUGAGUAGGCAGCACUUCUGCAGUGACGUUGCUCUGGCUCCAAGCCUGGAAGCCCUUGGGCACAGGAAAGCAACAGCCUGACGCAGAAGUGACACAAAAGUCAGAUAUUUUGCAAAGUUAAUCAUCAUCAAAAUACAAAUCGAUAAAGAAUGUAUUUGCUUUAGAGAACUCUGUCUUCCAGCUAACGUUCUGUAAAGACUGGGGAAGACCUACAUAUCAAAGUUAGAGGAGGAAAACCAUGGAUGGGAGAAUCACUACCGGCCAACUUAAAGACAAGGCACCAUUCCAGGACAAAAAUGGCAGAGCAGUUCUUGCCAAGCAGAUGUGCCAUAAUUGUUCAAAGUUAAAGAUAUUUCUUGGAGCUCUAGCUUUUUCCUUUUUUGCCAAAGGAUUUUCUGGAAGCUACAUGAAGAGCAUGUCCAGUCAAAUUGAAAGGAGAUUUGAAAUUUCAUCAUCAAUUGUUGGCAUCAUUGAUGGCAGCUUUGAGAUAGGUAACUUAAUGGUAAUGGUAUUGGUGAGUUACCUUGGACCAAAAGUUCAUCGACCAAAAGUAAUUGCUGUUGGAUGUCUCAUCAUGUCACUUGGAGCAUUUUUAUCAGUGAUGCCUCAGUUCCUAAUGGGACGUUAUAAUUAUGAAAGGAUAACCGUUACUGUGGACAACUCUUCUACAAGUUUAUCAGCUUGCUCCACAGCAUUGUCUGUGGACCAUCCAGUUUCAGAUACUAUGGAGACACCAAGAGAAGUGAAAAAUUCCGGAUGUGAGAAAACAUCAAGUUCCUAUCUGUGGCUCUUUGUGUUGAUGGGGAACCUUUUACGUGGAAUUGGGGAAGCACCAGUUAUGCCACUGGGGGUUUCAUAUAUUGAUGAUUUUUCUAAAGAAGAAAACUCAGCAUUUUACAUAGGUGUGGUGAGAUCUGCGGGGAUGUUUGGGCCGACCCUGGGCUUCCUGCUUGGAUCUUUCUGCGCCAAUCUGUGGGUCGAUAUUGGCAUUGUGGAUAUUGGUGCCAUCAGCAUAAAUCCUAAGGAUACCCGUUGGGUUGGUGCCUGGUGGCUUGGAUUACUGAUCUGUGGAGCAGUCAGCUUUAUAGCUUCAUUGCCUUUCUGGUUCCUGCCAUACUCCUUACCAAAAGAAGGAGAGGAUGAAAAUCAGAAGAUUAGUCAUUUGCCUGUGUCUGUUCAGGGGGAACAUUGUAAAAUAGAGCCCCCAGUUCAGCCACAGUUAAAGUUCUCUGAGGCAGUAAAAGAUUUCCUACCGACUUUGAAGAAGCUGUUUGGAAACCCAAUUUUCCUGGUGUAUGUGCUCCUCACUAUUUUGCAGUACAAUUCUCUUGUUGGAUUGAUAACCUAUGAGACAAAGUUUAUGGAGCAGCAAUUCAACGUAUCAGUGGCAAGAGCCAUCUUUCUAAUUGGUGUGGUACUUUUACCCAUCACAAUCCUGGGGAUGUUUCUAGGAGGCUUUUUGAUUAAGAAAUUCAAACUGCAUGUAACUGGAAUGGCAAAGUUUGCAUGCAUCACCUUUGUAAUAGCAUAUCUGUUAAAUCUCCUGUACUUUACGUGCAAUUGUGAUGUACUCCAAGUGGCUGGAUUGACAGUGCCCUACUCUGGAGUAAAACAUCUCUCCUUCCCCCAAAACAGCUUCAUUGCCAGUUGCAAUGCUGACUGCAGCUGCAAGAUGAAUCAGUGGGACCCUGUAUGUGGGGAUGAUGGAAUCACUUACAUGACGGCCUGCUUUGCCGGGUGUAAAUCAUCAGCUGGAUUUGGAAAGAAUAUGGUGUUUCACAAUUGCAGCUGUGUGGAAGGACAAGGGCAUGGACUUGGCAAUUCCUCUGCAGUUUUGGGACAAUGCCAAAGAGAAAGCUGUACCAAAACAUUUCCCUAUUUUUUAGCAUUACAGGCCGCAUGUGCAUUUAUUUUAUGCUUAGGAGGCACUCCUACAUAUAUGAUAAUGUUUAGAUCUGUUUCACCAGACUUGAAAUCCUUUGCUGUGGGGAUUGAAACUUUAGGUGGUAGAGUACUAGGAGGACUCCCAGCUCCUAUUUAUUUUGGUGCCUUAAUAGAUGAGACCUGCUUGAAAUGGGGAACAAAAAGCUGCGGGGGAUCUGGGUCUUGCCGAGUAUAUGACACAAAAGCAUUCAGAAACAUCUAUCUUGGACUCAUCGCAGGACUACGGGCAGGAUGCUGUCUCCUGUACUUAGUGCUCUAUGUUUUAAUAAUGAAACGGUUCAAACCAGACAGCAAAGAGAUGACAGAUAUUAAAAAUACAGAAAGUCCAACCGGUAAAGAACCAGUUAAUAUCAACAAAAAGGAAACUCUGCCUGGUGCAAGAAUUUCAGAAGAUGGUGAAGAAACAUGUAUGUAAAAAAGAAACAAGGUCUUUUCUAACUCUGCCUAUGUACCAGUUUUUCUAAGCACAACAGAGGUUUUAUUACUGACUUUAACAGCUGGUUUACAUUUUUGGGGUUCAAAGAAAGGAUGUUUCUGAACUGUUGAAUUUUAAUUUACUUUAUCAUAUCCUCUUCCCCUCCUCAUCCCAAACAAUAGAGGAAAAAGAGUUUUAAGAUUUGAGGAAACUCUCAAACCUCCUUACCCCCAGUUCUCUUUCUAGACCAACUAUAAGACUGGCCAAAAUUUUUCAAGUGUCAUAAUUUUGAAUACAAAUGAGAAAUUAAAAAGAAGAAAUCUACAAUAAUGGUGUAUUUUCCUGUUUUUAACCAACUUUACUUCAAGUCCUCUUGCCUUGUAUCUAGUCCCACUCCUCUGAAUGGCUAACCAAGUUAUACUUGCCCAGUUGCUGUGAUGGACUUUGCUGCUUGUUUGAUGAUCCUUGUCACAGAUUUGGUCCCAUGCCCCAUGCUCAGGUGAGAGCCCCCAUGAACAUCAGUGAGCACUUUCUGAAUAAGAAAGUGACAUCAGGAUGUGGCUCAAAACCAGUAAGCAAUCAAAAUGGAUUGAAAACAAAAGAAAAUAGUGUAUUAAUUUUGCAACACAUCUCAGUAUUGGAUUUGAGUAAAAUUACUCUGAACUGAUGCAAUAAAUUGAUAGAUAUUGAAGUUAA